UUGCUUUCGGCCUCGGCCUAAUUGCGUGAUGCGUAGUGGCCAGCUUUGCCGGACAAAGCGUAGUUGAUCAGAGGGCGUAGCCGCCUCGUAGAAUGGAUAUAACGAUUUCUGCAUCCUCUGCGAAGAGAACAAGAGAAGGCAGAGCAGCUUACCCGGGAUGAGGUGGCUCAGGAGUAGCCCAUGCAUCUGCGGCACCGAAAGAUCAGCAGCCGAUCGACAUUGCUUGCAGAGGCAGAGUCAGCGCGUCAUGCGGAGUGUCGACAGAGCGCUGCAUGAGCAAGCACGUCCGACAAACUUUAAAUGUAAUGCCAUCAUUCGGCAAGGGCAUGAGAGGGAUCCGACUCACGGCGGUAGCCUGUCAUCCUUGGAAAAGCACGUCAGUCUUUAUUCGACGGAUAUCGUGGGAUGUACGACGUCUCCCAUUCCUUUUUGCUUCUCAUCAAGAGAGAGAGUGAAGAGGAGUCUGCGAACGUCGACGUACAUGCAUUUGCGGGUGUACAUAUUGAUCGGAUAGCAAUGAUCUGUCGACGAUGCAAGGGUCAGCCUGAGCCCUCGCGCGUACUGCCACAGGCAGGAAGAGGAGGUGUCAGAUA